AUGUCGUUACUUUAAAAGUUUACAAAGUUAUUCAAAUCGAAAGAUGAAAUGCUAGAAUCAUUAGGAAUUUUAUUGAAACCUAAGUCUUAAAAAGAUUUUGAUGUGGCUUGUGAAUAUUUUGGAUCUUUAAUGAAGAGAUAUCCAGCAGUAGUUUUCAAUCUCUUAAGAUCAAAAGAAAAUGUAGAGAAUUACUAACCUAAAGCAGAACAUCUAUUAAAUUUAUUAUUCGUAAUACAUGCUAAUAUUUCUGAUGAUUCAGUUUGUGGAUAGUUGAGAGGACCUCCAAUUUAUUGGUUAGAUAAAUUAAUGACUGAGAAUAAGGAGAGUUUUAUUCUUAUUGAAAGAAUGAUAUGUGAAGCUAGUACAUCUAGUUUCUUUCCUUAAUAAUCUCCUAUAACUUAACCUUCUUAAUUUUAGGGUAAGAAUGAGUAAGUAAAAGAGAAGAGAAGAACAAGAAUUGAAAUGAAUGAAUAACUUAAGAAUCCUAUUUAAAAAACUGAAGCUUAAUUAGUUUCAUGUUAGUUAAAGGCUAAGAUUUUUUGUAUAAUUUACUAUUCCUUCUUAUAGAAAUUAUCAGUUAAUUAAUUGGUUUAUUAAUCUUGUAAGGAUUUACAAUAUCCAUUUGAAGAACCAGAAGAUGUAAAAUUAAGAUAUAUUUGGAUAUAUAAGAUUUAAAAUGUAAUGUUAAUGGGUUUGAAAUUAUUGGAAUGCAAGAAUAUUAAAUAUAAGAUUUAUUAAGAUUUAGUAUAUUAAGAUUUACUUAGAUUUCAAGUAUUUGUAAGAUAAGAAAUUGAAUAAUUGAUUGAUCAAUAUGCUACAAUACCAAAUUUAGAUUGUUUAUCAUUAUAUGAGAUUUUUUCAGAAUUUUAAAGAGCAAGAACAAUAUUAGAAAAUUAUAAUGAUGAAAUUGAUCUUAAAUUAAGAGUUAGUACAAGAUAAAUUGAGGAAUUUUUAAGUUUUUCUGUUCGAAUAAAAGUUUUAAAUUAAUUUGCAUUUAAGAAAAGUAUAAAAGUUCCAAAUAGAUAAUAGCCUAACAUUUCUAUUGCUUAAUAAUCCUAAUCUGAUCGUAAAGUAAUUGAUAUUAAAAUAUUCUAUUUUUAGUAACAUCAUAAAGCAGUCAGUGAUAUCAAUAAAGAAAAUCUGGAGCCUCUUAAUUAUUAAGAUUUAUAAUAUGAAUAAACUUAUGAAAGAGGUGUGAUGGAAAAGAAAUUUUAUAAUUAAUCUACUGAAAACAGUAUAGAUGAUAUUGGAGAGAAUAUUUAAUUAGAUGUUGUUUAGUAUAGACCUUAACAUCUUAAGGGAUUAAGCACAUUUUAAUAAUAUUGA